AGCCGGGUCCCGGAACGGCGCUUUUUGCAAAUGUACACUGGCUGAAGGAACCAGUGAAUCUUCCUCCUUCAUUCAUUCUCAGAUGCCAGUAAAGGUUUUUUACCACAUGUGUCUCAUGUGUCUUGAGAUAGCUCGACAAAAUUUUCCUUGCUAUUGGACUCGAACUUGCGGCCCGCUGGUUUCCUACCUCUAUUUGUUUGUCUGGUCCUUCACAACGUGAUUCGGGGGGAAGAAUAACUUUUCACUUUUAUGUAAGCUUCUUUCAAAAAGACCGUCACUAUCAGAUGGAACGAAUGAACCGACCCUUAGUUGGCGACUCCCAAGGACGAUACAGAAUUCACAUAGUUGGGAAUUGCGGGACCGGGAAGAGCACGCUUGCCAAAAAGCUAUCCCAGAUCCUUGGCAUCCCCUACAUCUCGCUUGACACCAUAUUCUGGCGGCCAGAUUGGGAACAGACUCCCAAUGAAGAAUUCCAAUCUCUCGUGAGCAAAACGAUGGAUGAUAAUCCAAACGGAUGGAUCAUCGAUGGCAAUUACCAACAACACAUUGGAAAACUUGUGCAGAAUAACGCUACCGAUAUUAUCUGGCUUGAUCCUCCCUUCCUCCUCUACUUUCCCCGAGUUCUUGUUCGAACAUUUCUCCGCCUUUUCGGACUUGGAACUCCAUGUAGUCCAGGGUGUAGAGAGUCCUUCAGGGAAGUGUUUUUUUCGCGCAACAGUAUUUUGUGCUGGUGUUGGUGGGAACAUCGGGUUCAUUCGCGAACGGGGCGGAGCCCGCAUGAAAGAAAUCGGGCUCGGAGUGGGUUUUGACAUUGAAAAUCAAAAGAUGCGUCGACUGGGUGGAUGGGGCAGAGAGCUAAACGAUUGGGUUAAGCGCGUCGAGACUAUGGUUCGAGGAAGAUGACACUGGUUUCGCGGGCUUUCGUACUAAUGGGACAUCUUCAGCGGGUUGCACGGCGCAUUCGUAGAGUUUUAUUCAAGAUUCUCUCGUGAUAUACCC